AUGGCAGCAACAGUAGUGGAGACAUGGGUGAACGAGCUAGCCAAGCUCAAGGCAAAGGUGGUUCGCCCCAAGAACAACAAGUUGUCAUCAUCAUCUGGACAAGACGAUGCUGCAGCAGAUCAAGGAACAGAGAAGCAGGUGAUGAAAAAAGGCUCGAACGUGGUGAUGGUUCAUCGGUCUGAGUCGGACAUCUGCAGUACGAUGUCCGAGGAUACUGUUCGCUUGAUCAUGGACCGCUUUGUGCCCUGGUGA